UUAUUAAUAGUUAGGCUACGUUGACAUAACUGGUAUGAGCUUUUGCAAAAAGCUUCUAUCCGAAAAAAAGCAUACUCGAAAACUCGAGCGAAAACUUGGUGCUCGAAAUUAACUGAUUGAAACCGGAAACCGAUUACCGAAGACAGACGACUUUUGACGACAGGGAUUUGCAACAGUAACAUGGGAAAAAGAGAGACGGGGUUCAAUGUAAAAAAAAAAAAGUACCUCCACAUUCUCUGCUCUGGGAGAAAGCAAGACAGCGCUCCUAUGAUUUACAUGAUUUAUCUAAGAGGGAGAAAGAUGCAAAUCUAGAAAAAAAAGAAAAAAGGAGCGAGCGGCCUUGUACCCGACUCUCAGGACGAUUGUCAUUCUGUUGGAUACUUUCUGCGUGAGCGGACGCGAAAACGGAGUGCUCCUUUCGGCGUUAAAUUUUUGAAGAUGGCUUCUAAACGGCCGAUGGAUGGUUCCAUGUGCGACAAUGGCGUGGUCGGUGGCAUCGGAGACGUUCCGCCCCGAAAAUCGAGAAAGAAAAACACGAAACUGGAGACGGCACUGAAGGAACUUGCAGCUGCUAAGGCAAGUAAUGCAUUGCUAAGCGCGGAAUGGAAUAAGGCACAAGAAACGAUCAAGAAUCUACAAAGUACUUCGAAAGCACCAGGCAGUGAAGCAAGUAGUGAUGUGAACACUGAUGAAUUUAUUGACAUUAUCGGACCAUCGAGUACACACCGUGAUAGGAAUACAAGAGAAACUACGGAGAUUUCACGCUUCAUGUCUUCCGUCAAUCAAAUGUCGGUUUCAUCGAUAACCGUGCCUGAGUGCAAACCAUCCUCGGGUAGCGAAAUGAUUGGACGCCAAGACUUUGAAGCAUGGAGGGAUCUAUUGGUGGAUUCCAUGAAGCUCGCCGGUAUAACAGAUGAGGGCACUCAAUAUAUAUUGCUUAAGGUGAAGGCCGGACAACAGUUGCUAGAAAUCUUGAAAACACGAAGUCAACUAGCGAUGCUCCCUGAUCCAGACGAAUUCCUUUUUCGAAUGCUUUGUUUCGGUUGA